UUUUGCCCUUGGCAGGUUUCCCUCCAAAAUGGCUGCUGCGAGUCCGCCUCCUUUCUGCAGCGCAGCCAAUCCUUUGCAAACCGAGGAGAUGAAGGAAGCCUUUGGGGUUCUCUUUAUAUUGCGCGCACGCUGAGCAGAAGGGAUCGAGAGUGCAGGAAGGCCCAUCCAUCUUGCUUCCUUUUUGCAUGAGGACAGUCUCUGGAGGGAGACGCUAACAGAGACCUAAGGAGAAGGCCUGAGCUGUCAAUUAACCCAGAAGCUCCUCCAACUGAAAACUCCUUUAAAAAACAACCAAAACAAAUGGGGGUGAGAGGAGUAGAAAAAUGGGGUCCAUCCGAUCUCAAGGGAGAGGCACCCUCUCCUCCCGGGGAAAUGUGGAACGAAGGGGUGGCGUGCGUGAGGUGCACAACUUCGGCCCAGGGCAGAAAAGAGCGCCAAGAAGUGGCCACCGGGCAACAGAGGGAAGGCAUGGGGAAAAGGAACGGGCUGGUCCUGCCGCCGAGAAGAAAUGGAGGGCAAUCCAAGCCGCUAGUGGCGAAGUGCAAAAGAUUUGAAAAUGGCAGAAGCCGAAGAGCUCUGUUGUAUCCGGAGGAAGCGGCAAUACAGGAGAAUGGCGUCACGAACGGUGGCGUCUACAAAAGAUCGUUUAAUGAAUCCUUUGAACAAGCACCCAUGUACGUCCACGUCCUUACCUUUUUGGGCUUUGUAGUAGCAACGUUGUUCGGCUACCUGCGUGACUUCACAAGAGGCUGCGGAUUAGAAAAGUGCAUCUUCGCUACAGAGAGAGAAGAACAGAAAGAUUUUGUACCGCUGUAUCAAGAUUUUGAAAACUUUUACAACCGUAACCUCUAUGUGAGAAUAAGAGACAACUGGAACCGCCCCAUCUGCAGCGUACCCGGACCACAGAUUGACCUGCUAGAACGUGUUUCGGAUGAUUACAACUGGACGUUUAGGUUCACCGGAAGGAAACUCAAGAAUAUAAUCAACAUGGGUUCCUACAACUACCUCGGCUUUGCAGAAACUGAGCCCGGUGUUAUAAAAACUGUGAACACUGUGGUAAAUAAAUACGGGUCAGGAAUAUGCAGCGCAAGACAGGAAAUGGGCAACCUGGACAAACACGUGGAACUUGAAAAUCUGGUGGCACGGUUCCUUGGUGUUGAAGCAGCUAUGACAUUUGGCAUGGGCUUUGCUACGAAUUCUACGAAUAUUCCAGCAUUGGUUGGAAAGGGUUGUCUCAUUUUAAGUGAUGAGUUGAACCACGCUUCUCUUGUUCUUGGCGCGAGGCUUUCAGGGGCUACGAUCAGAGUCUUCAAACACAACAAUCCUCAAAAUUUAGAGAACCUGUUGAAGGAAGCGGUGAUACACGGGCAGCCUCGGAGCCGGAGAGCGUGGAAAAAAAUCCUCAUUCUUGUUGAGGGCAUUUACAGUAUGGAAGGCUCCAUUGUACGCUUGCCAGAGAUAGUAGCCUUGAAGAGAAAAUACAAAGCCUACCUCUACUUGGACGAAGCCCACAGCAUCGGUGCCGUCGGCCCAUCCGGCAGGGGAGUUGUGGAAUACUUUGGAAUGAACGCUGAAGAUGUCGAUGUACUGAUGGGAACAUUCACCAAAAGCUUUGGAGCAGCUGGAGGCUACAUUGCCGGCAGAAAGGAGCUAGUGGACUACAUACGAACGUACUCCCACAGCGCCACGUACGCCGUGUCUAUGUGUCCGCCUGUAGCAGAACAAAUCAUAAGAGCAAUGAAAUGUCUCAUGGGACUAGACGGCUCCACACAAGGGCUUCAGAGAGUCCAUCGGCUAGCAGAAAACACAAGGUACUUCAGAAGAAGAUUGCAUGAGCUAGGCUUCAUAAUUUAUGGCAACGAAGAUUCACCCGUCGUUCCUCUUCUGCUGUAUUUACCUGGUAAAAUUGGGGCUUUUUCAAGACGCAUGCUAGCCAAAAGCAUUGGAGUGGUUGUGGUUGGCUUCCCAGCAACCCCAAUCGGAGAAUCCAGGGUCCGGUUUUGCGUGUCAGCGGCUCAUACUCGAGAGAUGUUAGACAAGGUCCUUCAAGCUCUGGAUGAACUAGGUGACUUUUUGACUCUGAAAUAUUCCCGGCGUCCUAGGCCAUCUCGCUCUCAACUGUACGACGAAAUGAGCUUUGAACUUGACGAUUAAGCUCCCGUUCCAUGAAGAAAACAUGUGACCGGGGGAACCUAAACAAGAGGAAGGCAUUUCUUCUUUUCUAAAGACAGUUUUUCUUUCUCAGUUAAUUCAGUCAAGAGAAGCACCGUUAUGUGUAUUACUGGAUCAGAUUCUGUGGGCAAGAGACUGGAAUAUUGCCACAGGUGUAUCCCCACCGAGAAAUAUGUGUUUUAUUAUUAUUAUUAUUAUUGUUAAUAUUAAUAUUAUUUUUGGUGCAAAAAAAAAAGGACUUUGUUCUGAUAAGUCCGUUGUUACUGUCCAGCCAUUGUGUGCCUUUUUACAGGCAGGUUUUGGAUAGUUCUUAAUACUGGUUAAUUUUGGGGGGGUAGAAUUCUUUUUCAUGUAGAGCGUUGAAGUAAAAUGUCUUUUGUUGAAUUGCUCCUUAACAUCUCUUGACCUGACUCUGAGACGACCGGUGCUUACAGGUGGGAGAACGGUCACUCAGCACCCAACUUGACAUUAUUUGUUUCCAGGAUAAGGAAACUGUGCUCCUUGUUUCAGAUAAAAUGCUUAACAUGGUUCUCGAUUUGAAAAGGAAGUGUAAGCCCCAAGCGUGCUUGGGCAUCCAUGCAUCCCAGUUUUGAUCCUCGCGCAGUUAAUGCUUUGAACUCUUAGAAAUAAAAAAUUGAAAUUCUUUUUUAAUUAACACGUUUGACCUUUCAUGCACGGUUUUAGGCUUUUCGUGUGCAUUUUUCGCAACUGUUGCACUCCCCUAUGGCCUCGCACGUCUUUACAGCGCACAAAACAGAAUUUACGUCUGUGAACCUGUUUCUCUCCUUGAACUGUUUCCAGGAUCGAUAAACACACUUGUUGCGCAAAGAACAUGUUGCCUGUUCAUUACACAUAACACAAUACUCAGGAAGGCUGCCGUUUUGUGACUCUUGCCACCUACUGAAUGGAAAGGUCUCUGGUUCCUUUUUGUAUUGUUGUUUUCUGUGAGGGAUAUGUCACACAUUUGGAUAGUUUGGGCUCUUGUUUUUGCUCUGAGGUUAACAUAGCUAAAUGUUUAGAGGCAUUUAAAAGUUGCAACUAUGGAAUAAGAGAAGGGCACGUGAAAUAAGAAUUUGUGCCUCGGUCCCUUGCCGUUGUACCAAACGAACCAGGAGAUGACUAAUUGGGACAGAUCCAGGUAAAAUGACAGUCUUGGCAGUUACAAUCUUUCAUGAACUGUGCAUCUCUUUUAAUUUUGUUGUAAAUAACUGGUUGAAAGUCAUUUCUGCAACACUGGAGCGGCAGCCCAUGCUAUAGUAUCUGACGGCACUGUAAACACACCCAGUCGAGAGACGGUUCGCUUUCUGUUGCCCAGAUGUACUCUCCUUUCAUGUUCUUAAAAGCGGCAGUAUCCACUUAACCCACAACUGCAAAAUUAGAUUUUAAAAACAGAACAAUUAAAUUGUGGAAUAGCAAUUAUAGCGUAUGACUCCCCUGCUUGUUAAAACGGCUUUGAGGAUGAAGCGAGGCCGAUCAGUUUUGAGGUCCCUAUUUUUUUUUUUGUUGUUCAAGUUAAUAAAAUUCAGUGCUGCUAUAACGUUAAGAAUGGGCCGCAACACA